GUGCUGAGCCGCGGGGGGCUGGGUGUGAAUGGAAUCUCAAUAUUUGGGCCUCAGUUUCCCCACGGAGGAGAACGGCCACGGCCGUAAGCCCAGCCCACCACCUUGGGGAGACCUGGAGAGCGGCAGGGGGAGGAUAUGCCUUCCUGCCAGCCACCAAUGGGUGGCAGAACCUGCCCGGCCCCCGCGUCCCAGCAGCCGGGACUGAGAAGGGUGGGCUGGUGUGUCCGAUUCUAUGUCCGCGCUCACGCGGGCCGUGUCUGUUCCUCUAAGCCUGCCUGCUUUGCGCCAUGGGCGGGCCCCUGGCCUUACUGGCCGCGCUCUGGGCGCUAGGGGCUGCUGGAGACGCGGUGCUGCGCAUCGGAGCUUUCAACAUCCGGAGCUUCGGCGACAGCAAAGUCUCGGACCCGGCCUGCAGCGGCAUCAUCGCGCAAAUCCUGGCUGGCUAUGACAUCACGCUGGUGCAGGAGGUGCGGGACUCCGACCUGAGCGCCGUAUCCGUGCUCAUGGAGCUGAUCAACAGGUAUGGCGGGCAGGGCCCAACGUGGGCCCAGGUCUUGGAGCGAUGCCUUGACCCCGGGCUUGGCCAGUGUCUCCGCAGCGUGUCCAGGCACGAGUACAGCUUCGUGAGCAGUGAACCCCUGGGUCAGGACCAGUAUAAGGAAACGUACCUGUUCGUCUACAGGAAGGACGCGGUGUCGGUCGUGGACACGUACCAGUACCCGGACCCGGAGGACGCCUUCAGUCGUGAACCUUUCGUGGUCAAGUUCUCAGCACCCGGGUCAGCUGCCGAGGAGUUAGUGUUGAUUCCGCUGCACGCGGCGCCGCACCAAGCGGUGGCCGAGAUCGACGCGCUCUACGAUGUGUACCUGGACGUGAUAGACAAGUGGGGCACCGACGACAUGCUGUUUCUGGGAGACUUUAACGCCGACUGCAGCUACGUGCAGGCUCAGGACUGGCCGGCCAUCCGUUUGCGCAGCAGCGAGGUCUUCAAGUGGCUCAUUCUGGAUAGCGCUGACACCACGGUGGGCAACUCAGACUGUGCCUACGACCGCAUCGUGGUCUGUGGUGCCCGCCUGCGCAGCAGCCUGAAGCCCCAGUCGGCCGCCGUACACGACUUCCAGGAGGAAUUCGGCCUGUACCAGGCUCAGAAAAACAUGGCGGCCCAAGGGCUUUUCCCUUUUCCUUUUCUUGUGUGGCUUGCCAGGGCCCACAACUACCUGGCCUUAUGCCUCCAGCAGUCAGGCAUCCCACCAGCCAGGGAUGGGAAACUCAAGGACUUUAUUCUGCUCUGGGAGAGGAGACACUCAACGGUGACAUCGCUGAGGUCCAGAAGGGUGCCACCUACCAGUUUAUGA